UAAACUAAAGAUUGCAGUCACAUUCGAGUGGACUUUUUUUUGUCCGGUCUCGGAUUCAGGAAUGUACAUGUGAAAUAAAUGACUGUGAAAUGGUAUCAUACGAUACAAUGUUGCUGUCCAAGUAGGAGUCAAACAAGAACGACAAAGCAGUGGUGGAAAAUAUCCUGUAAUAUCGCUUGUUUUGGACAUCGCUAACUAGCUAGCUAGCGACGUUGACCCAACAAUAAACACGCAUGUCAUGUGGGAGUAACUCAUCCCUGGAGGCGCGAUGCUAGCCACACAGACCCCAGAGACAGGGCCAGAGGCAAAAGAUGUCAAGCAGUGGAUCAAAGAGAAGUUGGCGUGGUCACUCAAGGCUCUGCAGAAGCGUUACGUGACAACCGAUGUCGUUGUUACCAGCGAGGAUGGUAACGCCAACCUGCUGUGCUGUGCACUGGAGGCCGUUUUUAUCCAUGGCAUCAAGAGCAAAUAUGUUCGCUCCGAGGCCGGGGGACACGCCAGAAAAGGGGGGUCCCGGGGACCCCUCCCCCAACCUGUGUUCUGGAGCCUGCUCAAGACGGUCACUCACCGUGACGUGAUCACGGAGCUGGAGAAGCUGAGCUUCGUGGGUACGGACACGGGUCGUUGCCGGGCCUGGCUGCGGCUGGCCCUCAACCACGGCCUGAUGGAGUGCUACCUGGCCUCCCUGUUCCGCGAGGGCUCCAAACUGCAGGCCCACUACCAGCCCUCCGCCCUGCUCCUGGACCCUGAGGAGCGUGAGGUGCUGCUCAGUUACAUCCAGGGCUUGGCCUCCCUCACCUUCAACCUCUCGUACAAGUCGGCCGUGCUCAACGAGUGGACCACCACCCCUCUGGCUCUGGCCGGCCUCUGCCCUGCCGCCCAGGCCGACGUGCUCGACCUCCCCUGUCUCACCAAGCGCAAGGAAUCCUGGGAUACGGUGUCACAGUCGUCCGGCGGGUCGGAUACGGUUGAAGUGCAGCGUGGGGGACCAGGGGUGCUGGGGAAGGGGAUUGGGGGGGUCUCAGAGGGUAGGACCCCUCUAAAUUCUUCCAAUUUGAGCCUGGACACCACAGGGUCGUCUCAGCUCUCCUCCAGUCUGAGCUCUGACAGUCUGCUUCAUGGUCACGACCCCAAGAGCCCAGACAAGGAGCCCUGGCCAUGUGACCUGGAAAACCCCUCCAACAUGGAGAACAAUGGCAAUGCCAAGAGGCAUCUCAAAGAUGUUCUGGUAGACUUCAGGGAGAGUGCCCACUCCAGUCAGGACUCCAUGCGCGAGGAUUCGUACGUGUCCACCCCGGGCGCAGACCACCUCUCUGAGAACACGGCCUUCAGUGGCUCCGACAGCGAGACCCAGGGACAUGUCACACUUCUCACUGGCCCCUCUAGCCCUGCUUCACUGGGGUCAGACCAGGAAGAGCCGUCCACUAAGACCCACGUCCCCUCCGACGUGUUCUUGCACACUGAAGGGCCCUCCAGUCUCAGUGACUGUGUGGAGAGAACAUCGACAACUCCUCACCUGCCUGUCACUGAGACGCCACGGGAGAAAAAGACAGAAGAUUCUGCUAAGAGCACCUCUGAGCCUUCAGCCCACAUGAACCUACGCCACACUACCAGCGUGCUUAGCAGGAGGGUGUCUACAGACUCAAUCGCACAUUCCCACUCCUGGAUCUCUGAGGAUGACAUCUAUAAGCCACACCUUGAGGAACUGGCUGACCCCGAUGACUUUUUGCUUGGGUCUGGCCCAGCUUGUGUGAACGGAUUGACCUCUCCCCCCCCAGAGCCCGAGAUCCCCCAGUCUCCCCCCAGCGUGGUUCACCGCAGGCAGAUAGGCCUGUCCAACCCUUUCCGCGGACUGCUGAAGCUGGGCCACCUGGAGCGGCGGGGCACGGUGGGUAUGUGGCGCGACUACUACUGCGAGCUCUCGCCCUUCGAGUUCCGCCUCUACCUGAACGCAGAGGAGCGCACUUGCUGCGACAACUGCUCCCUGCUGCGUUGCGAGGACGCCCGCGUCACCUCGGCCGAGGGCCGCUUCGACCUGGCCUUCCCAGGGAAAAGGCUCCUCAUGCGGGCGGCCAACCGCGAUGAGGCAGAGGACUGGGUGGACCGCAUUGCUGAAGCCGUCAACAAGUGCCGCCCGCUUCACCGCCUCGAUGACCAGUGGGAGGUGCUGCAGCCCACUGACAGCAGUGUAACCCCGGAUGAGCCCCCAAAAUCUUCCCCUUCGUCCCCCUCCUCCGUACCCGCCAGUCCCGAGCGAGGGGGGGCUGUGGUUGAGCAGGAGCUGCCACUGGAGCUGGACUGGACGCGUCCCACAGACCCAGAGUCAGACGCCAUUAAGGAGACGGUGCUGUACUUCUCACAGGACUCUGAGGCUCGCAACUGGACUCCUCUGGUCUUCUCCCUCUCCUUAGAGACUCUCAAGGGCUUCCGGAUGCAGGACGGGCAGAAGGUGCUGUGCUGCACCCACCCCAUCGAGGGGAUCCGGGACGUGGUCCCAGACGUUUCUCUGGGCGGACCAGCCUUCUUUAGGGUGGUAACGGCCAAGGAUACGCUCAAGCUGAGGGCCAAGAGCUCUGAGGAGGCACGUGCCUGGAGGGGCCUCAUCAGGGGAGCCCUGGACUCCUACCUGGAGAGUGGAGAAGACUGGGAGCCUGAGAGCCCUGGGGUGGCCCCUGGGGCAGGGGGGAACAUCCACAGACUGGUGCAGCAUAGACUGAAGGGGGACGGGGUGCUGCUGGCCCAUCUAUGCACAGUGCCCACAGAGAAGGGGCUGGACCUUCAGGCCUUCAAGUGUGCAGGUUGUCCAAAGGCGAUAGGCGUCUCCCGAGGGAAAGCCAGACUGUGUGAGUUCUCAGGGCAGUACUACUGCGACACUUGUCACCAGGGCGACGCCAUCGUCAUACCCUCCCGCAUGGUGCACAACUGGGACCUCGCGCCUCGAGAGGUCUCCAGACAGGCUGUUAAGCUGCUGGCUCAGAUUGAACAUGAGCCGCUGCUCAACCUUGACCUUUUAAACCCUGACCUGUGGGAGCAUGCCGAGGCCAUGGCCCAGGCACAGAGCCUCAGACAGCGGCUGCGUCUCCUAGGAGACUACCUGCUCACCUGCCGCAGCGGAGCAUGCAAGAACAUCCAGAGCAGACUGGGCCCAAGGACAUACUUGUUAGAAUCAAGCCAUCUCUACAGCGUCAUGGACUUAAGACAGAUAGCGGAGGGAAUGUAUGUGGCCUACCUGAACACGUUGAUCCAGUUUGCCUCCAACCACGUCCACCACUGUGACCUUUGCACGCAGAGGGGCUUCAUCUGCCAGAUCUGUCACGCCAGUGACAUCAUCUUCCCCUUCCAGUUCGACACCACCACCAGAUGUAAAGAGUGUAAGGCCGUGUUUCACGCAACCUGCAAGGCCAAGUCGCCUUCCUGUCCACGAUGCCUGCGGCUUCAGAGGUACCUCGAGAGAGAUCUGCAGGACUAACCGGCAACCCUGCAGGAAUGCUCUUUGUGACCCAUGGGCUUCCCGUAGAUCUGCAGGACUAACCGGCAACCCUGCAGGAAUGCUCUUUGUGAUCCAGUGGGCUUCCUGUAGAUCUGCAGGACUAACCGGCAACCCUGCAGGAAUGCUCUUUGUGAUCCAGUGGGCUUCCUGUAGCUGCAGAGACCUUUGAAAUGACAAACGAUAAGAACAGACAUUGACGUCCUGCUUCUAGUUUCUUUUUUCUACAUGAACUAACCUCAAGUGCAAUUAGGAAGUGUGACUGUAUGUACCGACCAUAGACCAAACAUGAUCAACCGAACUGGAUAGUGGUAGAGCCAGGAGCUAUUCGUCAACUUGCACUAAUAUAGAGAGGUUUCUGCUAUUGACAUGAUUGGCAAGGUGAAGCACACUAAUAUGUUCUUACCUCUCUGAACUCGCUCUACGUCUUAAGUGUCCAAGCCAAGGAAUCAUAUGAACAGUAGAAUCCAGUAAAGGAUGAUGCCAAGAAUCUCCUUUAUGCAAUUUUUUGACAUUUAUACAUUGAUGUUGUCAUUGUUUGGGGGCUUGUGUUGUUUUUUUAACCAGUUAUUUCAUGUUUACAGGAAACGCUCGCUGUAAAUUUCUGUACAUUUUGUACAGAACUUUCUGGGAAGCUCAAAGCAGGAAGUCACUCAUGAAAUAAAUAUUAAACUGCUUCCAGUUCCACAAGACGGGAUACAUAUAUACGCCUGCAAAAAAACUGCACUUGAAAACUUUCUCAACCUUAGAUCAUGCCUUCAUUUUGGUUUUUACACUCAAAAACAUAAUGUUCCAGUCAUGGUCAAAAGUUUUGAGAAUGACACAAGUAUUGGUCUUCACAAAGUUUGCUGCUUCAGUGUUUUUAGAUA